AUGUUGUUUGCUCAUUUGUUGGAGAAAAUAAAUAAUUAUAAUAUUGAAAAUGACAAUGCGGAAAAUUAUGAUCUAUUUGAGACAAACUCGAACACCGAUGAGAACGAAGAGAAUGUUUCGAACGUACGUAGAGGACGAAAGAGAAGGAGAUUUUUAGUUAGUUCCGAUAGUGAGAAUGAGGAAGAGGUAAUCGAAACUGCUAUAGACGGAACUGUUUGACAAGAAGUAAAAGAAGGGUUUAAUCCUGGCAGAGCACCUAUUCAUAAUAUUUUUAGGGAAACAUCAGGCCCGACAGGGUAUAGUAAACGAAAUAUUAUAAAAGGUAAAGUUAGGACGGCAUUUUCUCUGAUUAUUGAUAAGAAUAUAAUCGAACAUAUAAGAAAGUGCACAAAAACAGAGGCAUUUCGAGUGUUGGGAUAUAAAUGGGAUUUAUCUACUCCAAAGUUACAUGCAUUUACUGCACUCCUGUAUGCACGCGGCGCAUAUGAGGCUAAGAAUAUAGAUAUAGCACUUCUAUGGAACAAAAAGUGGGGUCCGGCAUUUUUCGCAAAUACUAUGAGCAGAAAUAACUUCACGGAGAUUAUGAGGUUUAUUCGAUUUGACGACAGAAAUCAACGAAGCCAACGCUUACAUACCGAUAAAUUCGCUUUGAUUUCUGAAGUUUGGUCCAAAUUCAUUGAGAACAGUCAAAACUGUUAUAAACCAGGACCAUAUAUUACUAUCGAUGAACAAUUGUUUCCAACAAAACCAAGGUGUAGAUUCACUCAGAACAUGCCCAAUAAACCGGACAAAUUUGGUAUCAAAUUCUGGUUAGCGUCCGAUGUAAGUAGCAAAUAUAUAAUAAACGGCUUUCCAUAUUUGGGAAAAGAUGAAAGGAGAGAACCUUCAGUUCCGCUUGGAGAGUUUGUCACUUUGAAAUUAGUAGAACCGUAUACAGGAUGUGGAAGAAAUAUAACCACGGACAAUUUUUUUACAAGCGUGUCUCUAGCAACAAAAGUUUUAGUAAAGAAAACUACGGUUGUUGGAACAAUUCGAGCAAAUAGAAGGGAGCUACCAAAAUUGACGAAACAGAAAAAAGACAAUAUGACACGUUUCUAA